UGACUUUACUCCGGAGCUGUUCAGGUGCUGUGUGAAAUCAUUAAUCCUAAAGUAAACAGCACUUAAAAAAACAAAUUUUUCUUAUACAUACAUACAUACGCAUAUGUGUGUGUGUGUGUGUGUGUUUUUUAAAGGUAAAAGGCCAGUGGAGGUUUUACUUGUGAAAAGCAGCCAUGAUCAGCCGUAACUUCAAGAAUGUGUUGGUGGUCUCCAUCGGGUUCCUGUCUCUGUUCACGGCUUAUGGAGGCCUGCAGAGUUUACAGAGCAGUCUGAAUGCAGAGCAGGGGAUGGGCGUGGCGUCUCUGAGCGUCAUCUACGCCUCCAUCAUCAUCUCCUCCAUGUUCCUGCCUCCAAUCAUGAUCAAGAAUCUGGGCUGUAAAUGGACCAUUGUCGUGGGCAUGGCCUGCUACGUCUCCUACUCCUUCGGAAACCUCUACCCAGGAUGGUACACCCUCAUCCCCACCUCAGUGAUCCUGGGUCUGGGCGGCUCUCCUCUGUGGUCGGCUAAAUGCACCUACCUGACCAUCUCCGGUAACGCGCAGGCCUCCAAGGAGGGCAAAAAGGGCUCCGAUGUCAUCAACCAAUACUUCGGGAUCUUCUUCUUCAUCUUUCAGUCCUCGGCCGUUUGGGGAAACCUCAUGUCAUCGCUCAUCUUUGGACAAGACACCAACAUAGCUAACAUCCCAGAGGAGCAGCUACAGUCCUGCGGAGCAGCUGACUGUGGCCUUAACAUCUCAGCGAACAGCACGACCACCAAACCUGCACAGAAACUGGUGUGGACGCUCGUCGGAUGCUACAUUGGUGUGGGUCUGCUGGCCAUGCUCAUCAUCGCAGUGUUUCUGGACAACAUCGACCGGGAGCAGGCCAGUCAGUUCCGUGGGAACCGGGAGCCGUUCUGCCACACCUUCCUGGCCACGUUCAGGCUGCUGAAGGACUGGAGGCUGUUGACCCUCAUCCCUCUCACCAUGUACAGCGGCUUUGAGCAAAGCUUCCUCUCUGGGGAGUACACCAAGAACUACGUAACGUGUGCUUUGGGCAUCCACUUUGUUGGCUUUGUGAUGAUGUGCUUUGGAGCCUCCAAUUCUCUCUGCUCAUUUCUCUUUGGGAGACUCGCUCGGUACACCGGGAGAGCUGCGCUCUUCUUCCUGGCUGCAUUGACCAACUUUGCCUGCAUCAUCGCGCUCUUAUUCUGGAGGCCUCAUCCUGACCAGCUGCCUGUGUUUUUUGUGUUUCCUGCUCUGUGGGGUAUGGCCGACGCCAUCUGGCAAACUCAAACCAAUGCUCUGUAUGGCGUCCUCUUCCCACGGGACAAAGAGGCAGCGUUUGCCAACUACCGGAUGUGGGAGUCUCUUGGAUUCGUCAUCGCCUUCGCCUACAGCACCUUCUUGUGUCUGGAGUAUAAACUGUACAUCCUGCUGGCUGUUCUGCUGCUCACUGUUGUCACCUACCCCAUCGUGGAGUACCACGAACACAAGAAUCCCACACCACCUGUUGCAGAAGGAACCUACCUCAGUCACAAGGAAACCACAAGAGAAGAGAGCAAGAUUAUUUGCCAGACACAAAUGUAGAGAUUCAAUUUCAAUUAAAGUUUAAACUCAAGAAUAUGUGAUGCAAAUGAAGGAGAGGUUUUAAAGGGGCGAUAUGAAACCUGUGUUGAUCUUUACCGGCAACUGGUCAACACUGUAAACCCUGAAUUCGCCUGUCACCGGUACUUCCCCCAAACCCUCUUUUCUCCUUGUGGCACAGCACCACAAACGAUAAUGUCCCAUUUUUGGAACAAUAAUACUGCACACUCUGACUGGAUGACUCUUUGUUGCUUUCUCUGGAUAAUAUCUUGUAUUGUAUGCAGUGUUCUUCAUCUGUGAGACUGGACAUGAAGGAACGAAUGAGGAAGAAUAUGACUGUGUCGAAACUCCGGUGGGUAAAGACUGUUUGAUCCAACGGGGUAUGUGCAGAAAAAAAACACAAACAGUUUGAACUAUUUGUCAUGAUCAACAAUCUCAACCACUCCAAUUAGAUUUUGGAAAGAAAAAGGGCCAAUGUAUGUGCGUGUGACUAGUUAUCAAACCAACAGAAUCGAAUCAGAAUUGAUUUUUUUCUCAGAAUCUUAUUCCCUGUCCUAGUUCCAUAAUUUUUUGUUUUUGUUUUACCUGAAAUGGCCCUAGAUGUCGUCAUACAAAGGUCAAAAUAAACAAUACCAUCAUCUGCAAACAUGUUGAUGUCAACAAAACCUGUUUUUCUUUUUUAAACUUUAGGGUAAUAAAGAACAUCCAGGGACGACAUGCUGCAUUUCAAAUGGUGCU